AGAGUUAGGUUAUCACCAAAAUUCACAACCAAAUCUCAAAAAUUUUCAAAUUUUGUACUUUGUACUCCUAAAAUAUUUAAAAUAACAAUAGAUUUGAUAAUUUCAAGACAAUAUUUAUUGAUUAAAUAUAAAAAAGUAGAUUAAUAAUACAUUAAAUUACAGUAUUUUAAUCAGCUUAAUAAUAUUGGUAAGCAAAAGAGAUGAACAGGCUAGGCAUUACUGCUCCAAGUGGAGUAGCUGAUAAUACUUUAGGUUUAUCAUGGCAUGAUUCUACAUGGAUUCCAAUUCUGAAUACCACGAAUGUAAUGGAAUAUUUCUCACAAGCUUCCAAUCCUUUCUUCGAUAGAACUUGCAAUAAUGAAAUUGUCAAAAUGCAAAGGCUUAAUCCUGAUCAGUUACUAAAUAUGAGCGGCUUAGAGUAUGCUUUGUUACAUGUCCAAGAACCGAUUUUGUAUGUUAUAAGGAAACAGCAUAGGCAUAGCCCACAACAAGUAACCCCUCUCGCAGAAUAUUAUAUAAUCGCAGGAAUUGUAUAUCAAGCCCCAGAUCUUGCUAGUGUUCUUAAUUCAAGACUGCUUUCAGCAGUGUAUCAUAUUCAGUCAUCUUUCGAGGAAGCUUUUAAUUUUUCACGUUAUCAUCCAAGCAAAGGGUAUUAUUGGGACUUCAAAUCUCAAAAAGGAGCAGAAAAAAUUAAGACUGUAGAGAAAGAAAAACCUAAAGAGGAAUCCAGCUCACUUUUUCAAAGGCAAAGGGUUGAUAUGUUGCUGGGUGAACUGAUUAAGAAGUUUCCCUUGCCUGCUAUUCCUUCUCAAGUGAAACCUACAAAUCCUGCUCCGGUAAAGACAGAAGCAGAAAAUGGGGUACAGGAGAAUAAAGAGAAAGUGGAGGUUAAACAAGAAGCUAAAGUAAAACCACCGCCAGAAAAGAAACCAAGAUUGAACUGAAAUAUGUUUAAAAUUUCUGCACAGAAAUUUUUUUAAGUAUUUUAUAUGUUAAAUCUGUUUUAAGGUUUAUUUACUGUUUUGUUAAUUUUAAUAACAGUAUUUUAUAUAUCGUACAGUUGUAAGUUUUGCUUAUACAAGGUGAUUCAGUGUUUUAAAAAAGUUCCAUAUCAGGUUUUUUAUUUGAUAUUCUUUUUUUUGUAGUAGAAUAUGUGAACAAUACUGAGUUGGUUAAUGAAAAAGUUGAAAAUUUUAAGUUCUUGUUUGUUAAUAUUUGUAAGUAGGACACUUUUAUACAAAAUAACCAUUGGAUUAACAUUUGAGGUAACUAUAUUCAUUAUAAUUCUAAAAAUAAAGCAAGCGGAGUUUUUGCUUUUCAUUUAGUUGGAAAAUACCUUUAUCUUUUUAAUUACACACUUGAAUCUCAAUUGUAUUUAAGACAUUUUUUGUUAAUACUAUUUUUAUAAUUUCCUUUCCAAAAAUACUAUGUUUUUGAAAUAUGACAAUUUUGAGACUGAAUUGACUGUUGAUUUCAGAACUAGUUAUAUUACAUGGUAUAUACAGGCUAAAAAAAGACAAAUGAUGUGUUUUAUUUACAAAAAUUAAAAGUACAAAAACUUACUGGGCUAGUAGUGGAGAAAAACGACAUCAAGUUUUGACUGGCCCUGUAUAUACCAAGGAAAUUAACGUCGUAUUUUAGCACGUUUAAUUGAGACCUUUAAAUGUAAAAAAUUUAACUAAAAAUGUUUAUAAUUUAAAUCCCAUUCAGUAAGACCAGAUAUUCAUUGUAAAAAUCAUUUCAAUCGCCAUAUAUAUCUAUGAAGGUAUUUUCCCGAAAAUAUGAGAGUAAAAUCUCAUAGAAUAUCUGAUAUGAAGUUUUUUAAAAUCACAAAGCUCCUCUGUAUACAAUUAAAGGCUUAAUACAAAAAAAACAAAAAAUAUUUUUAAACAUGUAUUUAUUAAAAAAGAUAACUAUAUUAAGCUCUAAAACCUAAUAGGUAAAAAUUAUAUAAAGACUAUAUUUAAGCCUUCCUUGGGGGAAUUUAACUUAAAACAUAAGUUUACCUAACAAAACGGAAAAUAAAAUGUUGAGAGGCUUAAUAACAAAAUUAAAAAUAUUUACAAUACAUGCUGCAUAUAUAUCUCACGGAAGUUUGUCAAAUCAUAUUUAAAAAAAA